AUGGAACCCCCUCCAGAAUUUCCACCGAAGGACUUUUGUACUUGGGGAUUGGGAUAUGACUCAACUAGUGAUGACUAUAAGAUCCUUAAGAUUGAUCGCAAAUUACGCAGUGAAAUUCUCGCUUUGAAAAGUGGUUCGUGGAGAUUAAUGGAUAGACAUCCUACCAGUGUUUACCCUGUGUUGUCUGGUAUGGACUCUAUGGCAUUUGUAAAUGGUGCAUUUCAUUGGCUUGGUUCAUCACUAAGUUAUUCUGUGGUUUCAUUUAGUAUUUCAAAUGAGGUGUACGGAGAGAUACCGUUGUCAGAGGAAAUGUGCUUGAUUUUCAACUUACGAUACAUCAAACGUGGCGUUACUUUAUUGGGAGAAAUGCUCUGUGGUUAUUCUACUUUUAGUGAGGGGAAGGGAACUUUUAAGCUAUGGGUAAUGAAAGACUAUGGCGUGAAGGAAUCCUGGAAUCAAGUGUUUACUGUACAAGGAACCGGUCUUUAUUCAAUCAUACCGAAAUAUGGGUUUGAAGAUGAUAAAGUGCUACUCUUGUGCAAAUCUUCAGAACCUAGCAGUUCCGUACUUAAGACAUCCAAAGGACCAUUUGGAUUACGACAUCUAUGUGAUGAUACCUUUCAAGGAGGAUUUGUUUAUACAGAUAGCUUUAUAUCUCUGAAAUUACUAAUUAGUUAA